AUGCAAAAUUUCACCGGGCCCACGCGUCUACCCAAACAACUAUCACCAAUCCCCAGCUUUUCAACAGAGCAGAAGAAAGUGCCACAAGAAAACCAAAAUGAAAUCAUUCCAAUAGUCUUCCUUUCAGUGUCUCUAGCGAUGCCCAUCAUCAUAAUUCUCCUAGCAGUUUUACUUCACCGCCAGCGGAAGAGAAGAGCUCGGAGGGCGAAAGAGGUCUCUAUAGAAGAUACCUACUCAGAGCCGUCAACGGAGCGAAACUUCGCCGGUCACCAAAUAUUUCCUCUCGACCAUUUCCGCCAGUCGAGUAAUGAGAGGUCUAAUCAUCUAGCGCCUCCGCCCCUGCCCCAGUUCACAGGCGAUAGAACCGUGAUGUCGAAACCGAGCGGGCUCAAUACAAGGGCAUUCAUCCCGCAGCCGCUAGAACAUCACAUUUCAACUACACUCCCUAGGAAUCCUAGAUCUGAUAUCGUACUAGAAAUCCCUACAGCGGAAGAGUACACAUCACUACCUUUGCAAUCGUCAAGUCGCGACUGGACCCAAACACCAUACACCCUACCUCCACUAUCCAGCAUUCCUAAUAUGUCCCGAUACUCCACAGUCUCCUUGCAAAUCGAUGACGUACGACAUGAGAGUUUGCAGAGCAUUUCGAAGCCCAAAAACCACCAUGUUUCGAGCAUUGUUGUUGGGGAUCAGGGUGAGAAGGUCACGUGAGGGUGCACUAACAACGCGACGAGGCGGG